UUAGGGGCCAGGAGGAACCCGCCGAGGGGAUGGGCGCCAGCUCCGCGCCGCCGGUCGCGCCCAGCAGGGCCGCCCCCGCCCCGGGGAACCACGCGGCGCCCCCCCGAGGUGGCGCGGUACCACGAGUGCCUGCGCAACCACGCGGUGGCGCUGGGUGGGCAUGUCGUCGACGGCUGCGGGGAGUUCAUGCCCGGCGCCGGGGACGACGCGCUCAAGUGCGCCGCCUGCGGCUGCCACCGCAGCUUCCACCGCAAGGACGACGGCCAGCGACGCCAGCUGCUGCUCCCGGCGCCCGCGCCCGCGCCGCCGGUGACGCCGACGGCCCCGCGCGUCCCGCUCCUCCUGCCGCCGCCCCACCCCUACGCCGCCGCCAGCCACCCCAACUACGCCGAGCUGCUGCCGCCGGGCCUCCGCCGCCCACAUGUCGCCGAGCCGCUGCCGCCGGGACUCCGCCUCCCAGCUCCGCGCCACGCCGCCGCUGGCCACGCCGGCCGCACCACUUCCCCGCCGUCUCAGCCGCGCCGCUCCUCGCCGCCGGCUGUGCCGACUCGCGUCGCACCUCGGCCACGCCGCGACGCCUCUUCCCCGCCUCCGCCGGGACUCGCAUCGGCCACCGACCCGCGCCACCGCGUCGCUCGUCAGCGCCCUGCUUCCGGCAGGAGCAGGGGUCGCCGCGAGGAGCAUGGUCGGGAGGGUGUGGACUCCAUGGAGAGCUCCGAGGAGAUGGUGACACCCAGGGCCGCCGCGUGGGAGGCAGACGAGGAGAAGAGGAAGGCCGCCGCUGCCGAGGCCGGCCCCGCUAGGGCGUAUCCCAUCACCUUCGACGCGGAGGAGGCAAGGUCAACUGUGAGGCGGUGGCGCGGGCGGUGGCGCGGGAGAGCAUGCCAGCCCCUCGACGUGCUGCGGGAGGCCAAGCGCCCUGCUCCUAUCCUUCCUCAAGUCGCAGUCCUUUGCCCCAUUGCCAUUCCUCUCCAGCCUCUCGCCGGCCUUCUAGCCCCAGUCCUUUGCCCCAUUGCCAUUCCUCUCCAGGCUCCUCUACUCCUCACCGUGUCCCCGGGCUCCCUGGCCCUCUCAUCCACGCUCUCCGCCGUGCUCGGCGUCGCUGACCCGGCCUCCGCGCUGCUCGCCCUCGCGUUCCUCUCUGCCGCCGCCACAGCGACGCCCUUGCCGCUCCUCCCCGCGGAUGCCGCGGCCGUCACUGCCCGGUUGCUCCUCGAAUUUCCCACCUCUGAGGAUGUGCCAACAAGAACAAAGGGGAAAAGGGAGGAAGCAAAUAAUGGAGGGAUCAGGGACGUGGUGCGGAGCUUCAAGGAGGAGCAGGUCGAGGAGCUGGAGCGAAUGGAGGUCGCUUUCAGGAGCAGGCCUGUCAGGAAUGCUGCUGCACGGCAAGUCCGAUCACUCAUGGAUUUCCUCAAGGUGAGGUUCUUCCCUUCGUUCUUGCCUGUAUCUGUUGAUUGUUGUUGGCUCAUUGUCGUGGUGAAUGGUUUGCAGAUCAACCAGGCAUAGUGAAUCAUGCAACAAUUAAUAAGUUUCAUUUAUCACUUAAUUUAUAUUCAGCUUCCCCUUUUUUUUCCCUAGCUCUAGCUUUCAGAGCCACAUGUAGAGAGCUAACACCUUAGGAGCCAAUGCGGUUGAUGAAAUUGUGUGUUGAUUGCUGCACAGAGUUAUCAGAAGCACCCAAUAAGAAGUUAGAAGCACCCAAUAAGUUGCUGACAAAACUGUAUAAUCUUGAGGCCUCCGAAGAUGAAGCCAUUGUUUCUGAUUGCGGACUGCAGGAUCUGUCAAUUAAGCCCUUUCUUGAUUCCCUAAUAUCAUAAACAAUAUCUAUAUUGGAUCUUUCUUAUAACAUAAUAGGUACCUAUUUUCCAGUAACUCAAUUCAUUUUUGUUUUGUCUUACACCGUGCAUCAUUAUUUUGGCAGCACUGUAGAAAUCAUCAUUUACAGUUAAAUGGGUGUUUUCUUUACUAUCAAACAUGUGCUACCAAUCCCUUACAUGUAGUGCUUUAUGCUCUUCUGAUAACCCAAACCCAUGAUUGGUGCGUAUAGCCUUUUAAGGACCUUAUUCAACCACUCCAUUGCUGACUAUACUGCUUUGAUCUUAAUUUAUGGGAUAGUAUUGAACUGCUACUUUGCUCUUAAUGCCUGUUGGACUGAUAUGGUAUUUCUGUAAUUCUGCUAAAAAAUCACAAGGAACCAAACAAUCAAAUGGCUUCAGCAUAUAUUUGCUUCAUCGUGUCAGACAUAUGGUGGCUUGGCUCUGGAUGACUGGAUUUGCAUUGUAAUUGUUUUGGUCCCACGUCUUCAUUUGCAUUGUAAUCAAUUUGGUCCCACGCGGCUUAAUUUCAGGUUUUUUACGAUCCCUGAGAUCUAUUCAUCAAAUUGAAAUAAUACGGUACUCAGUUUAGGGUUGGAAAUUCUGCAUUCGCUUUUUGCACAUUUAUGAUGUGGAUCCUGUUUAAAAACAAGGAAAAACACAUGCAAGCAUACAACAAUCUUAUAUGCUAUAUUUAACAGAAUUAUGUUACAGUACAAGAAUGCAAGACAUGCGAACCAUUUCUUGAGAAUGAACAAUAUUCUAUUAUCAAAGGAGAACAUUUAUUUGAACUCAGCAGAUUUGGUCCGUAAUCCUGGAGGAAAUUCGGAGAGCCAAUUAACCAUUUCAUAAACAUUGGAGGAAAUUCAAUUAACCUGAGGUUUAAUUCCUAUUCAGAUGUUCUUGUAAUAUGUAUUACCAUAUCUCGGGAGCCAUGCAGUAUUAGAUCUCUCACACUGGAUAGAUGCAACCUUGGACUUGCUAGAGUUGUUUGUAUUAUUCAUGCACUAUCAUGUGAUGAAAAGUACACUGAAACAAUAGGAAAAAGGUCUCUCUGAAGCUAAUAAACUUCUCUGCUUUCAGGAAAUGACCAACUGGAGGAGCUGCACUUGGCAGAGAACACAAACUCGGCACUAGACAGAAUAAUUCAAUACGAAGACAUGCAAGAAGUAUCAACAACCAAUGAGGAAAAACAAUAAUGUAACAACCUUGAAACAAGCAAUGUAUUACUUACAUUUGAUUGUUCAGAUAGUAGGGCGCGCAUCGCGCGCCGAAUGUUCUAGUGGUGUUAAAUGCAGCUCAGUUAUAGCUUCAGCUGAGCAUCGUACAGCAUCUAGAAUUCUAGAGCUCCAGGUUAAAUAGAUGAUCUGUUCACACUCA